AUGUCAUUAGCAGGGCCAUCAUUAUUAUCAACAAAAAAAGGACCAGCUCCUCAGUUGCAAAAGAAAAAAUUAACCGACGACGAAAUAAUAGACCUGCAUCAAGAAUUGCAAACAGACGACCACAUAAUCCCCUUAGACGAGCUGUGUUUAAAGCUAAACACCCACAUAGAAACCGGACUGACCAACGAAGAAGCUCGAUUGCGCCUGGCUCAAGAAUCUAAUGCUCUUUCACCUCCAAAAGUAACUCCAGAGUACGUAAAAUUAUUCAAAUCAAUGUUCUCCGGGUUUGCGAUCCUCCUGUGGAUUUGCGCUGGGCUCUGCUUCCUUAUUUACUUGGUAGAAAUCCUUCUGGGCCACACCGAGGAAGAGGGCAUAGAAUGGUUCGGAGUGAUGGUCGUUGUAAUUUGCGUGAUAUCCGGUUUAUUUUCUUACAUCCAAGAAGGAAAGAACUCGCGAGUGAUGGAGUCGUUCACCCGAAUGGUGCCGACUUUCGCGUUAGUGAUAAGAAGCGGGGAAAAAAAGCUGAUUCCAACUGAGGAAGUCGUCAGAGGAGACAUUGUCGAGAUAAGAUUAGGUGACAAAAUUCCAGCAGACAUACGGAUUAUAAGAUCAGUUGGUUUAAGAGUUGAGAACUCUAGUAUCACCGGAGAAAGCGAACCAAUUCCUAGAUCGGACUAUCCAACAGACCCAAAUCCUCUUGAAUCGCAGAACUUUGCGUUUUUUUCUUCCUAUGCAGUCGCAGGAGAAGGCACGGGGAUAGUUAUUGCCACUGGAGAUAAGACAAUGAUAGGCCGCCUGGCCGGGCUGACCACCCAAGUCUCCAAGGACGAAACCCCGAUCGCCAAAGAAAUAAAGCACUUUGUUAAGAUAAUCUCAAUUGUGUCUCUAGUUUUUGGAAUAAUCUUCUUCACAGUUUCGGUGGUAAUCGAAGGGAGCAUCAUGAAAGGCUUCCUUUACUUGCUGAGCAUCGUAAUAUCAAAUGUACCUGAAGUUUUGUUGGUGACAGUCACAACAAGUCUCACUUUGACGGCUAAGAAAAUGGCCAGCAAAAAUUGCCUCGUCCGCAAUUUGGAAGCUGUUGAAACACUAGGAAGCACUUCGACGAUAUGCUCCGACAAAACGGGUACUUUGACGCUCAAUAAGAUGACUGUCUCUAAUAUUUGGUUCGGAAAUAUUCGGCAUCAUGUGUCGGCAGUGUUAGGUAAUCUGGGAGUAGAGCGAGACUUGUUGCUCGAAAAACCAGCGUUCAAUUCCGUGAUAAAAGCCGCUACUUUGUGCUUGAGAGCUGAAUUUCGCGUUGAUUCGGAUUUGUUCAUACGAAUUGAAGAUCGUGAUGUUAUUGGUGACGCUUCUGAGACGGGAAUCAUUAGAUUCUGCGAGCAUAUUCACUCUACGAAGAGAUACCGCGCUAAUUAUCCUAAAGUAGCUGAAAUUCCGUUCAAUUCAGUUACUAAAUACCAACUUUCGAUACAUAGAGACGAAAAGGGCUUCAAUAUAUUCAUCAAAGGAGCUCCGGAGGUUAUAAUGGACUUUUGUAAUGAUAUUUUAUUAAUGGAUGGAAGCACAAGACCUUUGACUCCGCAAGAUACACUGGAAAUAAGACACGCUUGCACUGAAUUGGGGUUUUUGGGUGAGCGCGUUCUUGCUUACUGCGAUUUUUUCCUCCCAUUUAAAGAUUACGCUGAGGAUCACCAAUUUGACACUUCAGCGAUUGAGAACUACAAUUUUCCGAUGAAAGGUUACAGAUUUGUGGGACUGUUAAGUUUGUUGGAUCCUCCUAGGCCUUCAGUGCCCGACGCGGUUCAUACUUGUCGCGCCGCGGGGAUUAAGGUGAUAAUGGUGACUGGUGAUCACCCGGUGACUGCGAUGGCUAUCGCCAAAAUGGUGGGGAUCAUCGGCGAGGGCCACGAGACUCGUUUUGAAAAAUUGCUCCACUUGGAUACUAAAUUUAUGAAUAAUAAUGCUAAUGCUAACAACAAACUAUCAAAUAUCUCUUCAAAUUCUAACAGUGUAGAAGAAAAUUACAAAGCGGUGAUUGUAACUGGAACAGAAUUACGAUUUAUGACGGACAAUGAUUUGGACAAUCUGAUAAAAAGUUAUGAAGAGAUAGUGUUUGCUAGAACGUCACCCCAGCAAAAAUUGAUAAUUGUUGAAAGCUGCCAGAGGCUUGGAGAAAUAGUCGCGGUGACUGGUGAUGGAGUUAACGAUUCUCCGGCGCUACGCAAAGCAGAUAUUGGCAUUGCGAUGGGUGUUACAGGGUCGGAUGUUGCAAAAAGCGCGGCGGAUAUGGUGCUAAUGGACGACAAUUUCUCGUCAAUCGUCACGGGGAUUGAAGAAGGCAGACUGAUUUUUGAUAAUUUGAAAAAAUCUAUUGCCUAUACGCUAACUUCGGGAAUUCCGGAGAUGUUACCGGUGCUAAGCGGCCUGAUUGUCUCAAUUCCGCUGCCUUUAGUCAUGGAACUGGUGCUGUGCAUUGACAUUGGGACUGACAUGCUCCCGGCAAUAGCCCUCGCUUAUGAAAAAGCUGAGUCGGAUAUUAUGAAGCGGCCUCCAAGAAAUCCCCAGUACGAUAAAUUGGUUAACAAAAGACUUAUUUCGGUGGCUUAUGGACAAAUCGGUAUGACUCAGGCGCUGGCAGGUUUCACUAAUUACUUUUUUAUUCUGGGCUAUCAUGGGUUCUUGCCUGGAGAUUUGUUUGGGCUGAGACAAGAUUGGGAGAAUAAGAAUAUUGAUGAUUUGAAGGAUUCUUAUGGACAGAUGUGGAAUUAUCAAAGCCGCAUGGAGCUGCUGAGCGAAGCGAGGACUGGGUACUUUAUCUCGAUUGUUACUACUCAGAUGAUUGACUUGCUGAUGUGCAAAACUAGGAGGAAUUCUCUGAUUCAACAGGGAAUGGAUAAUUGGUUCUUGAAUAUUUCAUUUAUUUUUGAAAUAUUUUUGACGGCUUUUAUUUUAUACACGCCCGGUAUUGGAAGAAUUCUUAAAACUUUCCCGAUUGAUCCUUACUGGUUUCUACCCUGUUUGCCUCUUGGAUUAUUUUUGUGGGGGUACGAUGAAUUCAGAAGAUAUUGUAUCAGAAAUUAUCCAAAGAGUAUUAUUUAUAGUGAAACUUAUUAUUAA